AUGCUUGCCCUCCCCCUCGAUGCUCCUCACCCAGCACCCAGCACCCAGCUCUUUCUUCCUGUGCCUGUGCCUUCCAUGCCUGCCUUUCCCCAGCUAAGCGGUUGUGUCACCCACUUUGCUGCUCUGCCCUGGCCAACAGAUGACGAGAUAACCUCUCCCGCCUUGUCCACAGUUCAAGUGGAUAGGCGCAAGGAGGCCACUUGCAGGGAAGUAGGGCAGGCAGGCAGGACAUGGCAGGGCAAGACACAAUGUGCCUUUCUUCAAGCCUCAAUGCUGGGAUUGUAAUUGACGGAACAGCUCGAGAGUCGAGACUCGGUCCCUAAGUUGGCGAAUGGAGAACACAAAGCUCUGUGGAAUACGAGGCGAGGCUGGUAAGUCAAAGAUAACGGAGGAAGACUGUCAAAUCGACUGCUGUGGACGAGGACGGCGA